AUGAACACAUCAAAGAGCAAGAAGAAGCAAGAAGAGGCUGGUACAAAGUUUCUUGGGGUGAGAAGAAGGCCUUGGGGAAGAUACGCAGCUGAGAUUAGAGACCCAACAACUAAGGAGCGUCACUGGCUUGGCACUUUUGAUACAGCCGAGGAAGCUGCCUUGGCAUACGAUAGAGCUGCUAGGUCCAUGCGUGGCACUCGUGCCCGAACCAACUUUGUCUACUCAGACAUGCCUCCUUCCUCCUCAGUCACCUCCAUUAUCUCUCCUGACGAUCCGCCUCCUCCUCCUCCUCCUCCGGCUCCUGCAACUACUCCUCCUUGUUCUAAUGAUCCUGUCGAUUACAUGAUGAUGUUUAACCAAUAUUCAUCCACAGACUUGCCAAUGGUGCAGCCUGAUCAAGUGGAGAGUAGUUACAUGUUUGGUGGCUCUCCUUCUUGUUAUUCUAACAGCAGCAGCGAGCUGCCUCCUCUGCCGAGCGACCUAUCAAAUUCUUGUUACAGCCAACAACCGUGGAGCGUGGAAGACUACUCAUCCGCUAGCUAUUUCGAGGGUGACUAUGUUCACAGUCCAAUGUUCAGCACAAUGCCUUCUGUUUCUGACUCUUUGCCUCAAGCCAACUUUGGGAUUAUGCACACAAGUGGGCAGAGCGUUUCGUGCUUGAACCAACUUGCUUCAUGCCUGAAUUACCUCAAAGGAACUAAGGAUGUGCCUCGAAUUUGCUUGAACCUCUCAAAGCAGUGA